AUGACGGACGAUGACAUUAUCUUUAAUAGAAGUAAUACUCUCUGUGCUGCAUUAACAGUUUACAAAGAAACAAAAGCGAGUUUUUAUCUCGUUUAUUAUCGUAAAGGGAGAUUCGAUUUGGAAAGUGCAGAGGGAAAAAGGACAAAAACUGCGAGCGGCAGAAGGAGGCGAAGCCUCCCGCCGCCCAAAAAAUGCCCACUGGAUCUAGAUUACUUGGAGAGGAGGGCCGGUGAGACAAUAAGCUGCGAAAACGUGGAAAGCGGAUCGAAAGAAGAGGAAAGCCCGGCAGACAGUCUGGAUCGUGUUAAGGUCGUUUUCCUCGGAGCACCUGGCGUGGGAAAGACCAGUAUAAUUCGUCAAUUCGUUUGGAGCGAAUUCUCUGAGGAAUACAGGCCCACUAAAAAACGUGAGACGUUUUACCCGAGCGUUGUACUGGCCGAUCGACUGUACGAAUUGAAAAUCACAGAUGUACCUACGAUUCCAUUCUUUCCUAUCAGUUCGCACCUGGAAUGGACGGAUUUCCGUUAUUAUGGACUACGUAGCGCUACCGCCUACGUUCUCGUAUUCGAUCUGAGCAAUCAGGAUACCUUCCAAUAUAUCAGAAAAUUACGCGAGCAGAUCCUCGAGGCGAGGGACAUGAGAAGUGUAUCUCUUUUAGUGGUCGGUAAUAAACAAGAUGAGCUAUCAAGCAGCGUAGCUUCCAGUGCUAGGUACAAGAAUAUUGUCAAUGUCGUACGAAAACAUUGGAGAUGCGGUUACGUCGAGUGCAGCGCAAGAUUCAACUGUCGUGUCGUACAGGUUUUUCGAGAAUUAAUGAAGAGUAUUCAAGCCGUGGAAGGAAGACCGCCAUCACCGAUACCUGCACCCUCGUCGUCCUCGUCGUCACAACCUUUGCGUUCUCAUCAACAUGACAAUGCCGAAAAAUGUAUUCUUCUUUGACACUGAGAUCACAUAAUGGACGUAAUCGAUCUUUGCGAUCGCAUUUUAGCGAAAAACUCUUUCUUCUCCGACUCGAAGAAGGAUUCGCAUUGAUUUACUCCUUUUUUCAUUGGCUAAAUAUUGUUUUUCAUUUUCUUCUUCUUCUUCUUCUUUUUUCUUUUUUUUUUUUUUUUUUGUUUCUUUCUUUAUAUUACUCAUCAAACGUGUGAUAUCGUUGUGAUAAUCAAACAAUUUCAUGGUACUAUACAACAUAGUACAAUGCUGCAAGGGUUACUCGCGCUCGUCAAUUGAAAAUAUAAGAAAUCGUUUUGUUUCUUGCGAGAACCAAUGUUAAACAAUGCAUCGUAUUAUAAUAUGACAUUAGAAUUUUCAUACGUAGAGAGAAAAAAGA